UAUAAAUGGCGUCAAAACGCUGACGCUAUGUAUAAGGCGAUGCAUUUGUGCAUCAUUGUUUUUGCAACAUCCGUGCGAGAUUAUUUGUUGUUGUCCGAUCGAUGCACCUUACCCAGGUAGCCUCCUUUCGCGUACCGAUUGUUUACAAUCAAAAAACGGCCCCGUAAAGACACGGUGCGCAUGUCCCGUGUGCAUCGGAAAACACUACCAUGCCCAGCAUCCCAGCCCAAAACACCGGCCGCAAAACGCAGCUGCACCGUAGUAAAAGCAAAGUGGGGGAAACGAUUCAAUUUUCCGUCCCGUGUGGCAGUCUCGAUGCAAGUGUCGGCCAGGUCAGUUCGGUCGGUGUCCGUGUGCGUUUGUGUUUGUGAGUGUUAGUGUUUUGCAGGACGCAAAAGGGUGUUUGGUGCAUAGCAAUUGGGCUGUUGCGCUAUCAAAUCGCUUUCUACACGAUGAUCACCAAGCCAAUUCUCGACUGCAUCGUGACGCCACUGUCACCGAAGUAUCUGCGCCUCACCGUUAUCCUGCUCGCGGUCUAUAAAGUGGUUACGGCAUUCGUAGUUCUGCUGCUGAGUCUGGUCGCGUUGGCGUACCCGGAGGAGACGAAACACAUCGUCCAGGCGGGUAUCGGCAUCGGUCUGAAGACGCAGCCCACGGAGCGCGAGUACAAGUGUGUCCACACCCAGCACACCAACGAGCUGGGACAGACGUACGACGUAUGGGCGUAUACAUACUCGAAAAGCCCCAUGCUCAGCCGAAUAGAUAUUACCUACAUCCUGUACUUCUGUACGACGGUGAUCAUCAUCUACGUGCUGAGCUGUCUGGGACUUCUGAUCGGAACGCUACGCAAUCGGCCCAAGUUCUUCAUCCCAUGGUUGCUGGCUGACAUCCUCGGUUCGAUGGCGAUCUUGCUCCUGAUGAUGUCUGUCGGUUGUCAUGACAACAACAUCGAAGAGGACAACAAGAUGGAAUUCUUGGGCUUCUGUUUGAUCAUUGUGUGCUUCCACCUGACCAUUUGGGGCUUGAUCCGGGAGUACUACAAAAAGCUUGUCUUCAAGGCGAAAUAUCGUGAGGAACCGCUGAUGUCCACCGAUCCUUCCGGCGAUGGGGCACUCACGCAAGUGUUCCUGGAUACUAACGACCCGAAACAUGUGGUCUAAGCUGGGCAGGACUCCGACUCGGGAACCCUCAGCAUCAGCAUCAGAUCGGUUUAUGAGUAUUAUCUGCCGUGGACGUCCUGGCGAUCCUAACGCUUUGCGUGGAUGGAUCGCCAUCUUUCCUGGCAGAAUCUAUCCAUCUUUUGGACAUUGCACCAUUGCUGACAGUAGAGCCCACGCGCGCACACAAACACUAUUUGCAUUGGAUGUUACUAUCAACGAUACCCCUAGCGCUGUGUAGUACGUGGCGACAACUCGUUGUUUGAUAUGUGUAGUAGAAAAAUAAAAUACUCGCUGAAUGUCUGGAUAAUAUCUGGAUAAUCUCUGGCUCCUAUUUAGCCAAGACAUCAACCUUAACCA